UGUGUUUAUUCAUUAAUUUAUUUAGCUGAUCAAGCUUGACGUCAGGGAGGACGUCAUGACGUAAAAAUAUUGAUGAAUUGUUUUGUUAAUAUUUUCUUUGAAACGAACACUGUUAAAGAACCGAUUUGCGUAGAUGAAUUGGAUGUCACAUCACUACAAUCAAAAUAAUACAUUUUUAAAAAGCAAAAUUGGUCGAUUCGACAAAAGGCGUUCAGUAUUUGCGCGUGCACGCGCGAGAGCCGUUAAAUCUACGUGUCGCAUUGUUAAGUUAAUAUCAGGAGAAGCAAUAAAACACGAAACAUUAAAAUUUGUCUGCAGUUGUCUACAUUACCAAGGCUAAGAUUAAGUAACAACAAUUCAGCGGGAAUUACGGAGUUUGCUGGGUUUUAGAUGUCUGACGAUAGUUCGAGUGUCCGUGAGGACUUUAGUCGUGAGAGUUUACAACUAAACCAACAUUUGGAGAAGAUGACUGAACAAAUGGAGAAUAUUUCAGUGAAGUUGUCUUGGAUGGCGUAUGAUAUGGUUGUGCUCCGCACCAGUCCAGAUCUUGCUGAAUCCCUCAAGAGCCUGGAGAAUGAGUUCCUCAAGUGCAAAGCUGUCAUCUGUGGUUCCACAGAUGGACAAGAUAAAAAUGGUCAUCCUGCUGCUGAAGAACAUAAUAUCCCCCAAGAAUAAUAGUAGAGUUUCGAUGUAGAACAGAGGCAUCUGAUAGGAUGAUGUUAAUGUUGUUGAAACUUUUCCAGUUGGAUUUGCCAGAGCUGACAUAUUUGUGAUUUAACAUGAUUUUAUACCCUC